GCGGGGGCCGCCGUACCGACCGGACCGCGUCGCGCACCGAGACCGGGCACCCCAGCUGCUCGGCUGCCGCCACCGUUGUAGACGCAGGUGUGUGCGUGUGCGUGCGCGCCCGUUGGCGUGUCCUCAGCGAUUGGCUCGUGACGGCGACGUCGUCGCGUGACCGCAUUCCGCGCGAGCACGCGGCGCCCCGAGGUGGGCGUGCUGCACGUCGCUCCCGGCGGCGCGCACCGCCAUGGAGCUGGACGAGGAGCUCGACGCCGUCCUCCCCGCCUCGCCCGGCCGGUGACGUCCGCCCGAGCACCACGCCGAUAACGCCCCUCCCUGGACAGUAUGCCGGUGCCCGGUCCCCGUGCCUGAGUGUGUGUUCUUGUGCGUGUGUGCGUGUGUGUGUGCAAGUGCAGUGACAUCUGCUCCUGAGGCCGGAUGGGCUGCGGCCCGCGCCUCCAGGAGCCGGGCUAGCCGGGGCAGCCCGGCCCGCCGCCCCCGCGGUCCCGGUGACCCCCAGCGGCCACAGCGCGGCUGUGCAACAUCGUCACCCCCAACGACCCCUGGACUGCUUGCUCAAGAUGGCGCUCGUGGACUCGUGCCUCUGCUGCAGCCUCAUGGUGGCCUCCUUCGUCAUGGGCGUGUACGCGCUGGUGGCGUAUGUGAUCGCCUUCACCGUGGAGCUGUGGUGGAUCGUGGAGACUGAGGGCGGCCUGCCCGCGCCCGCCCACCUGCUCUGCGCCGGCUACUUCGUCAGCCUGGUGCUCUGCGCCGUUCUACUCCACGGCCUCACGGUGAGGCGCAGCCUGUGCCUGGUGGUGUGGCUGGUGGGCGUGGCCUCGCUCGCGCUCCCGGAGGCCGGCAUGGUCCUCUACAUGGCGCUGCAGUACUGGAGACUGCAGUCGCUGUACGGACUGACGGAGAUCACCUGCUGGGCAUGCAGACUCUUCAUCAAUGCCGUCGGUGUGGUGAGCGUCCAGUCGCUGUACUCGUCCUGGCGAGAGGAGUCCGAGGUCAUGCGGAGGCUACGCGACCUAAACAUGUCCUCCACCAUGUCCACCAUGUCCACGUCCAACGGUCGGCGUGGGUCGGUCGCCUCCAGCAACGGCGUGGGCCCGAUGGUCCACAUGGCGCCCCACAUGGCGCCGCACAUGGGGCCCCACAUGGGGCUGGCCUACCAGAACGAGGGCUUCGUGGGCUCCAUGAGCCAGCUCAACGGCAAGCCCCCGGGGGGCACCUACGCCGUGCCGCUGCAGCCCCUGCACGGCGGCAAGCUCAAGAGGUCGGCGUCGUCCGUGUCGCGCAGGUCCACGUCGUCCGCCAUGAGCCUGCCGGCCAUGUCGCCCAUGGACGGCUCGGUGUACGGCUACCCGGUGGGCACCCUCAUGGCGCCGCCCAUCGGGCCCAUGACGCUGCCCCUGGGCGCGCACAUGGCCAGCCCGCUGCCGCCGCCCGGCGCCCUGCACCGCACCGACUCGGCCAGCGAGUUCAACGCCGCGGCCUUCGACGGCAUGCUGGCGGCGUCGCUCCGCCACCCGCCCGCCGGCGGGGACGCCGUGGACGGCGGUGGACCGCCUGCUCCCGGACGGCUGUCCCGGGCGGGCAAGGGCCGGGGCCCCGCCAGAGCCCAGUCCCUCGUCGACCUGAGCCGGUCCGCGUCGCGUCUCGGCGACUACUGGCGGGUGGAGACAGUGACGGCGCCCGCGCGCCCCGUGGCCUACAUGCUGCCCACCACCAGGAGCCUGGACCGGAGGCUGCGGCCGCGUCGCGCCGUGUCCAUGGCCGACCUGGGCGCCAGCGUCCACGCCGCGCCGUUCGUCCACGCCGGCCACUUCGGGCCUGCGCACCACCCCAUGUACUACAGGGACGCCUACGGCCGGGACUACGUCUACCCGAACCCCUCCGCCUACGUGCACCCCGGUAUGCUGUACAAGGGCGCGUCCAGCAAGACCUCCCUCGGCGCCGCGUCAGAUGACUUCCGAAAAUACAGGGACGUGGCACUCUAGGCAAUGGACGGACCUGCCCGACAGAAUCUGGUGCCUACUUAGUCGUGGGUUCCUGCCCGAGAAAGAGCUUCAAACCUAACAAAAAUUCCUCACAGCUUAUUUGAGCGAGCAAGCAGGAUACAUCGAAGAAACGUUUCCCAGUGAGUGCCAUUGCUGAAGAAUGUGAGUAGUUUACAAGAAAAUAAGCCUGUUAAUUACAUCCUAGUUAAAUUUUGAAACCAUUUGCUCAAACAUUCCUUAAAAAGGAAAGACAGUGUUGCCGAUAGGAUAUUUCAAAGUAAAAUAUACUCAGCACAGCAAAGAGUGAGUUUGUUUAUCAAAGCCUUCUAAUGGCUUGGCUAGUCAUAAAUGCCAUCCUUAGAUUUAAAGUUAAAGUGAUACGUGUAAGUAGAGAAAUAAGAAAUUCUGAAAUAAAUUGUAAUUCCGUACAGGCUAUUUUUGUUGAGCUAAUAAAUGUAUUUAUACUGCCUAAAAUAAUAAAUUUUGACAAGGAAUUUAGUACAUUUUUUGACUUUAUCAUUCUGUAGCAACUAAUUAUCACACACCAACAAUUCACUGCGUCAGUCAUUGCGAGGCAGCCAUGCCAAGACACAUGUGUCCACACGUAAACAAAAGAGAAAAAAAAAAAAAGAAA